CUGUCGUCAGAGCAGCCCCAGCCUCCCACCCGCACACACCUCCUCUCCGCUCUGCACCAGAAAGGACCGCUUUCUGCUCUGUCUCUUUCCUAUCUCUCUCUCUCUCUCUCUCUCUCUCUCUCUCUUUCUGUCAGUCUGGGUGUCCUCAGAAUGAGGUUAGCAGCAGCAGUAGAAGAUAGAGACAGCAGAGGCAGAGUUACUGCAGCAGCCCGGAGAGGCUGUCCUUCAGCCGUGCACCGUCUGCAGCUGCAUUCAGCCCUGUCCUGAGGAGGCAUCGCUCAUCCCUGUGCUCUCCUUCUGUGUCUCUCCCUGCUCCUCCCUCACCUUCUGUCCUCUCUGAAUUCAUCUCUUGAAUUCGCCUUGCUCUCUCUCUCUCUCUCUCUCUCUCUCUCUCUCUCUCUCUCUCUCUCUCUCCUCCUCUCUCUCUCUCUGUAGCAGUGAUGGGGAAGACCACCAUGUAGAGACAGAGAGGCAGCGGAGGCAACAGCAGACUAGCAGCAAUGGGAAGCCACACAUGGAGCGGGUCUGGACUGCAGCCGUGGUGAGCCUGAGACCGACAGGACUUGCAACCACCGUCAUUGCCCUCCUCAGGAGCUGACCACCGGGGCUGUCCAACGCUUACCUGGAUGCUCCCCACUUGUGUUCUGUCAUCCCCUCCUCUCCUCCUUCUCUGCUGCUCUCUAUGCUCUUCUUCUGUUUCUCCUCUUUGAUGGUUUUCGGUCGGCUGAAGUCUGUCUCUCCUGAAGCAGAGAAGCAGCUCAUCAGUUUAUCUCCUUGGAUUUUUUCUCCUUCUUGAUCUGUCUACUCACCUGCAAGAGGUUUUCUUUUUUUCCCCCUCCUCUCCUUUUGGUCGCCGUUGCCUGCUCGAUACCUAUUUUGGAUUUUUUUUUCUUUUUCUUUUUGGAUGAGACUGAGCUCUGUUUUGCAAGCUUUUUUGUUCGAUCUAUAAGCAAUAAGAAACACUAAUCUAACUGACUUGAGAAGCUGACAUCAUGGGGGACAUGACGAACAGCGAUUUUUAUGCCAAGAACCAAAGAAACGAGGGCAACCAUGCGGCGGGCUUCGGCUGCUCGCUCAUGGAGCUGCGCUCGCUCAUGGAGCUGCGCGGCUCGGAGGCGGUGGUCAAGCUCCAGGAGGACUACGGGGGAGUGGAGGGACUGUGCAAACGACUGAAAACCUCACCCACAGAAGGUCUCGCAGGUGCCCAGCCUGACCUUGACAAGAGAAAAGAACUGUAUGGUAGAAACCUGAUACCUCCAAAAAAGCCAAAAACCUUUCUGCAGCUGGUAUGGGAGGCCCUGCAGGACGUCACCCUCAUCAUCCUGGAGAUCGCUGCCCUGAUCUCUCUCGGCCUCUCGUUCUAUCACCCUCCGGGACAGGCCAGCGGAGAGUCCUGUGGCACGGCGGCCGGCGGAGUGGAAGACGAAGGCGAGGCCGACGCCGGCUGGAUCGAGGGCGCCGCCAUCCUGUUGUCUGUAGUGUGCGUGGUGCUGGUGACGGCCUUCAACGACUGGUCCAAGGAGAAGCAGUUCCGCGGGCUGCAGAGCCGCAUCGAGCAGGAGCAGAAGUUCCAGGUGGUGCGCGGCAGCCAGGUCAUACAGCUUCCUGUGUCCGACAUACUGGUGGGGGACAUCGCACAGAUCAAAUAUGGUGAUCUGCUUCCUGCGGACGGCGUGUUGAUUCAGGGUAAUGACCUGAAGAUUGAUGAGUCCUCACUGACUGGAGAGUCCGACCACGUCAAGAAGUCUGCAGACAAAGACCCCAUGCUGUUGUCCGGGACCCAUGUAAUGGAGGGGUCCGGGCGCAUGGUGGUGACGGCCGUCGGCGUGAACUCUCAGACUGGAAUCAUCUUCACCCUGCUGGGCGCCGGCGUGGAGGAGGAGGAGAAGAAAGAAAAGAAAGGAGGGGCAGUGGAAGACGGACACCAGAAUACAGACUGCUCCCAUCCCCCUAUCCACCCCAUCGCCACUAUAGCCACGGAUGGGGCUGCAGGCAUUAAUGCCCCUGGCAGUGCCAGCCUAAUUAAUGGUAAAAUGCAAGAUGGCAAUAUGGAGAGCAACCAGAUUAAAGUGAAGAAGCAGGACGGUGCAGCUGCCAUGGAGAUGCAGCCUCUAAAGAGCGCUGAAGGCGGAGAAGCCGACGACAAAGAGAGAAAGAAGGUUUCCGUUUCCAAGAAGGAGAAGUCCGUCCUGCAGGGGAAGCUGACCAAACUGGCUGUCCAGAUUGGCAAAGCAGGUUUGCUCAUGUCGGCCAUCACGGUCAUCAUCCUCGUCCUCUACUUCGCCAUCGACAACUUUGUGAUGCAGAAGCGCCCUUGGAUGCCGGAGUGCACUCCCAUUUACAUCCAGUACUUUGUCAAGUUCUUUAUCAUCGGUGUGACUGUGCUGGUGGUGGCGGUCCCCGAGGGGCUGCCGCUGGCUGUCACCAUCUCCCUGGCGUAUUCUGUCAAGAAAAUGAUGAAAGACAACAACCUGGUGCGUCACCUGGAUGCGUGUGAAACCAUGGGCAACGCCACCGCCAUCUGCUCCGACAAGACAGGCACGCUAACCACCAACCGCAUGACGGCCGUGCAGUGUUACGUCGGGGACGUGCACUACAAAGAAAUCCCAGAUCCCGGAGCUUUGCCACCCAAAUCACUGGAGUUACUGGUCAACGCCAUCUCAAUCAACAGCGCCUACACCACCAAGAUACUGCCACCGGACAAGGAAGGCGGCCUGCCGAAGCAAGUGGGCAACAAGACGGAGUGCGGCCUGCUGGGAUUGGUGCUGGACCUGAAGCGGGAUUACCAGCCGAUACGGAACCAGAUCCCCGAGGAGAAGCUUUACAAAGUCUACACCUUCAACUCGGUCAGGAAGUCCAUGAGCACCGUCAUCAAACUUCCCGACGGCAGCUUCCGCAUGUACAGCAAGGGAGCCUCCGAGAUCGUCCUGAAAAAAUGCAACCAUAUCCUGAGCGAGGUGGGCGAGCCCCGGGUUUUCCGUCCGCGAGACAAGGAUGAGAUGGUGAAAAAGGUGAUCGAGCCCAUGGCGUGCGACGGCCUGAGGACCAUCUGUGUGGCGUACCGUGAUUUUCCCAGCGAUCCCGAACCCAACUGGGACGAUGAGAACAACAUCCUCAACGACCUCGUGGCCAUCUGCGUGGUCGGGAUAGAGGACCCAGUCAGGCCAGAGGUGCCAGAUGCCAUUCAGAAGUGCCAGCGCGCCGGCAUCACGGUGCGCAUGGUGACCGGAGACAACAUCAACACAGCCAGGGCUAUAGCCAUCAAGUGUGGCAUCAUCCACCCCGGGGAGGACUUCCUCUGCAUCGACGGCAAGGAGUUCAACAGGAGGAUCCGCAACGAGAAAGGAGAGGUGGAACAGGAGCGUAUUGACAAGGUUUGGCCCAAACUUCGAGUCUUGGCCAGAUCGUCCCCCACCGACAAACACACACUGGUCAAAGGUAUUAUUGACAGCACUAUGGCCGACCAGAGGCAGGUGGUGGCUGUGACGGGAGACGGGACCAAUGACGGGCCCGCUCUGAAGAAAGCCGACGUCGGGUUUGCCAUGGGUAUUGCCGGUACAGAUGUGGCCAAGGAGGCGUCAGACAUCAUUCUGACUGACGACAACUUCAGCAGCAUCGUGAAGGCAGUCAUGUGGGGCCGAAACGUCUACGACAGCAUCUCCAAGUUCCUUCAGUUCCAGCUCACUGUCAAUGUUGUGGCUGUCAUCGUGGCUUUCACUGGCGCCUGCAUCACACAGGACUCUCCCCUGAAAGCCGUGCAGAUGCUGUGGGUGAACCUCAUCAUGGAUACUUUUGCAUCCCUGGCUCUGGCGACUGAGCCUCCCACAGAGUCUCUGCUAAAAAGGAAGCCAUACGGUCGCAAUAAGCCUCUUAUCUCCAGCACCAUGACAAAGAACAUCCUCGGACACGGAGUCUAUCAGCUCGUUAUCAUCUUCACGCUCCUCUUUGCUGGUGAAAAAAUCUUUGACAUUGACAGCGGGCGCAACGCUCCUCUGCACUCUCCUCCCUCUGAGCACUACACCAUCAUCUUCAACACUUUCGUCAUGAUGCAGCUGUUUAAUGAGAUAAAUGCCCGCAAAAUCCAUGGAGAGAGGAAUGUGUUUGAUGGGAUCUUCAGGAAUCCCAUCUUCUGCUCCAUUGUUUUUGGCACGUUUGCUGUACAGAUCGUGAUUGUGCAAUUUGGAGGAAAACCAUUCAGCUGUCAACCUCUGGACCUGGAAAAGUGGAUGUGGUGUGUUUUCCUCGGGCUGGGAGAACUUGUUUGGGGACAGGUGAUCGCCACCAUUCCCAACAGCAGGUUGCGUUUCCUGCGGCGGGCGGGCCAGUUAACGCAGAAGGACGAGCUGCCAGAGGAGGACGUUAAUGAGGAGAAUGAGGAGAUCGACCACGCAGAGAGGGAGCUGAGGAGAGGGCAGAUUCUCUGGUUCAGAGGACUCAAUCGCAUUCAGACUCAGAUCCGAGUUGUGAAUGCAUUCCGUAGCUCCCUCUAUGAAGGCCUGGAAAAACCAGACUCCAGAACAUCCAUCCACAACUUCAUGACACACCCCGAGUUUAGGAUAGAAGACUCCACGCCCAACAUCCCCCUCAUUGACGACACGGACGAUGACUCCGCGCGGAAGAGGAGGAAGUACUCCAGCCAGCCGUCGUCCCCCAACAAGAACAACAACGCCAUCGACAGUGGCAUCAACCUCACCAUCGACACCAGUAAAUCCGCCGCUUCCUCCAGCCCCGCCAGCCCUCUGCACAGCUUGGAGACCAGCCUCUAACGCUGAUCCCGAACUCGGUUCUCGCCGCCCUCUGACGUGUGGCGUCCUCGCAGCGUCCCGAGGACCGCCUCCUGCCCGACUCCUCCAGACCUUUAACUGCAACCAUGCACCUUGACGACCCCGUAACUGUCCCCACCCUUCCCCACCCAAGUCCCCUUCAAAAAAAGAAGAAAAAAAAGAAACCCCAUCUCCAUCACCAACACAGGGCAGGUCCUGUGGGAAAACAACCCCCCUUAUAGCUCUCUGCUCCGUUCACAAAGGAGAAAAUCUAAGUAAUAUGGCAACGUGAAAAGAAAUACAAACUAACAUACAA